AAAUCUUGUUGCGAAAAGCAAAAGUCACUCGGCCAUCUCGGCCCCCCUCGGUCUUGGCCCCCAGCUACCACCCCUUCCCCUCGGCGGCGGCUUUGUCAAAUUGCGUCAUGUAGCCAAGGAGGAGGAGGAGACACCCACAACUAGUAGCACAUCAGCAAAGGAAUCACCAAAGAAGCAACUAUAUCAGGAGCAGGACGAAGCUUCGGGAGGAGACUCAACGCAUCCAACGGCUUUGCCUGAGUUCCUCAAAGGUGUGCAAAGAUCAUCAACUGAGGUCAUGGGCCCCGAUCAGCGCUCACUCUCGAUCGCCAAGACCGGCUCCAUUGCGGAGCGUUUGGCGGCGCUGCAGAAGAGCGGCGAGGACGAUUGGAGGAAGCGCAUCUCCAAGCGCGAUGAAGUCGACGAUGUGCGACGUGAAAACUUCGUGAACGAAUCGCUAUCUUUGGCCCACUCGCUGUCGGACAAGCCGCUGCCACCGUCGCCCCUGAUCCCCACCAGCCUUGAGGGCGGCAAGGUCUCCGAUCGCUUGAGCAAGCUCAAGUGCAACUCGGAGAACUGGAAGCAGCGGAUAGAGCAAACCGAUGCCAAGAAGUUCACAGUCGCUGGCCGACUGCAAAAGAAGGCCCAAUCCCCUGUGGAGCUACAAUUCGAGCGUUCGCCUAAUGAUGCAGCCAAAAAGUGUCCCAUGCUGGAGGUGCGCAGCGCCAAUCAGCCACAGUUGGGCUUGGCCAAGAGCCCCUCCAUGAUGGUGACCACUAGCACUGCUAAUACCAAUAACAAGGCAGCUCUCCGUAGCUUGAGCGUUAAUCCCGAGGAGGAGGUGCCCAGUCUGAGUCGCUCCAACAGCAGCAGUAGCAGCUCGGAUUCAGAUGUGGAACGCACCUCACCGCAGAAUGCCAAACAGAACAAGGAGCUGGCCAACACCAAGAGUGCGGCUGCACCCACAAAUGUGGGAGCCAGGAUUCAGGUGCCACGUCUCGACGACAAGGAGACCUUCGAGAACUUCUUUGCCACGAAGCCUAAGCUGGAGGAGAGCGUGGAGCUGGAGAUUAGCGCCUUUGAUGUCAUCAAACCCACAGAGCGCUUGGUAAGCAAACGCCAUGUUCAGGGACCCAAGGGACGCCGGGCAGCCCGCAAUCCUCUCAAGAGUCUGGCUGCACGUGAGGACAUUACCUCGGAGUACACAGAAAUGAAGACGGGCGUGGCCGAACGUGAGCUCAGGCGCCUCAAGAUGGAGUCAUAUGGCCAGAAUACCAACCUGGCUGCCGAGGCAAUUGCCGGCCUGGCCUCCAUAGAGGACUUCAAGUCGGUGGCUUUACGCUCCUCGUCGAUUCCCCUGCAGCAGAUGUGGCUGCCCCACAAGCCGGUGAUGCUACUUCACGUAAAGGGACGCACUCACGUCCAAACUCGACUGGUGGAGCCUACGCACACCUCACUAAAUCGCGGGGAUUGCUUCAUUUUGGUUGCCGGAUCUCAGCUGUUCCGCUAUGUCGGCUCCUUUGCCAAUGUCAUUGAGAUCUCGCGCAGCAAGAAGAUCUGCGCUGCCAUUCUGGAGAACAAGGAUCUUGGGUGCACCGCCAGCCAGGAGGUGAUACUCACCGAUGGCAAGUACUUGAACGAGCGGCAGUGGCGUCAGUUCUGGAAGUUGCUGGGAAAGAAGGAGGAUGAUACCUCGGAGAUUUCAGACAGCGGUCAUGCCGACGAGGACGAUGUGUUCGAGAGCAGUCUGAUUGAGACGAACAAGAUCUACGAGUUCAAGGAUGAGGCUCUCGUUCCCCUGGACAAGUACUGGGGCUGUAUACCCAAGGUGGACAUGCUGGACACGCGCAAGGUGCUAAUCUUUGACUUUGGCAGUGAGCUGUACGUGUGGAACGGCAAGAACGCCUCCUCGGACGCCAAGCGAGCGGCCAUGAGACUGGCGCAGGAACACUUUGGUGCCGAGAAUGGAGCAGACUAUGCCGAGUGCUACUUGAACCCGCUGAACUAUGUCUCAAUUGUGGGUCGUCGUGAAAAUACCAAAUACGCCAAGCGCACCGCUCAGCGCCCGGAGUGGUGUGUCCUCGGGAAGAUCACCCAGAACAUGGAGACGGUGCUGUUUAAGGAAAAGUUCAGCGACUGGCCGGAGCUGGAGCGCGAGGACUUGGAGAAGGAUUACCUUACCAACGGCGUCCAUGUGGUGCGAGCUUUGAAUGGAAUUGCUCUGCACAAGGGUGAACCCUACGAGGAACCGAAUCUGGUGCUGGAGCAGUCAAAUCUGGGACGUGGAAACUUCUACUACGACACCGAUACGAUGCGCCACUUCGAUGUGAUCACCAAGUCCACGGACAAAUGGCAGAUCCACGAAUUCAACUUUGAUGCGGCCCCUGCACGCGAGGACUACGGUCACUUUUACUCCUCGGAAAGCUACAUAGUUCGCUGGAUCUACCAGAUUUCCGUCACAGUACGCGAGCUGAGCGGCAAGGUCUCGAAUAGGAGCACCGUUGGACGGGAUAGGUGCGUGUAUUUCACCUGGCAGGGUCAGGACUCGAGUGCCAAUGAGAAGGGUGCAGCGGCACUGCUAACCGUUGAGCUGGAUAAGGAGAAGGGCGCCCAGUUGAGGGUGUCGCAAGGCGAUGAAUGCACAGCCUUUGUUCGCUUAUUCCGCCAGCUGUGGCAGCACCGUGGACGCAAGGAGCAGUGCCUGGAGAGGCGCAGUCAGUGGCGGCUCUACCAAAUUCAGGGAAACGUCACCGAGGAAACACUUAUCAAGGAAGUGGACUGCCACUCCCGUCAACUGCGCUCUCGCAGCUCAAUGCUCCUGAUCCAUGGCAGCCAAGGAAGCGUAAUUGUCUGGCAUGGAUCCAAGAGUGCUCCUCACACACGAUCUGUGGCCCUGAAAGCUGCCCAAGAUAUUGUCGAGCAGCUGCCAAAGGAUCUCUUUAGCAGCGAGAAAGCCAACCUCACAGAGCAGGACGAGGGUUCUGAGAACGAGGACUGCAAAAAGGCACUGGGAUUAACAGCUGAAGCUGUUGAUUAUGACAGCCAGCUGAAGUCCACAAAAUCGUUCGAUUACCAAAUAAGGAUCUUUAAUUUCUCCAGCACCCAGGGCGUGUUUAAAGCAAUCGAACUGAGCGAUCCCCUGCGCUGCCAGGAUCUGCACAGUCCAUAUCCCUUCAGCCAGAAUCAGCUCUAUAAUGCUCGUCAGCCCACGAUCUUUUUGUUGGACAAUGGCGACGAGCUGUGGCUCUGGAUGGGCUGGUGGCCCCUAGAGGAUGUAAAGAUAAACACCGAUGAGCGAAGCAGUCCCACCAACGACAAUCGGGCUGGAGUUAAUCGAUGGAUCUCAGAGAGACGUGCUGCCCUCGAGACAGCCGUCGGCUAUUGGCGUGCCAAGCACGGUGAGAACGAGAAGGAGGCCUUCCACGGCGUCAAGGGUCAGGUGGUGUGGGCAGGCCUGGAGCCACUGGCCUUCAAGGCGCUGUUUCCCGACUGGACGGAGCGGUCCGAUGUGCGGGAGAUCAACGAAGAGGAUGGCCGCACCGUUGCUCCGAUAACCAUAGCAGAAAUGCUGGCACAAAUGACACAGACCGAAUACCCGCUGGAGGUGCUCAAGGCACGACCCCUGCCCGAGGGAGUGGAGCCCACUCGAUUGGAGGUCUACCUAAACGCCGAGGACUUCCAGGUGGCGCUGGGCUGCAGCCGGGCGGAGUUUGAGCAACUGCCCAUAUGGAAGCAGACCAAACUCAAGAAGGAGCGCGGGCUGUUCUAGGAGAGAGGCACAAUGCAACCGAAUAGACUUGAACACAAUCACAAAACAAUACAAUUUUCUAAGCACUUUUUUGUAGGCGGCGAUGCUUUUGCAACGGGCACAGACAGAUCGUAUAUCUAUAUCGUAUUCUACAUGCUAGGCCUAUAUAGUAUAGCAUAUACACACACACGUGCGCAUAUCCCCAUGUACUCUCUCUAUUUUACGCAUAAUACAUAACACAUACAUAUGUAUGCCUUUGCAAUAAAUUUCAAACUCGCUUCAUUCGACAAACGGUCCGAGUCCUUCGAUUUUACCUGUAUAUAAUUUUAAGUUGAAUUGUUUUACCAUUUACCAUUAUUUAACUUCAUACUUUUAAUGUUUUAACAAAAUUGCAUUUGUUUAAUCUCUGCAAACACCAAAAAAAAAUAAGGAAAAGCGCAACGAGUUCUCGUUAUUUCAUUGUUUUCAGUUCGAUAUCAUUUUAAUGCUAGUUUAAUUUCCCUAAUUUAAUAUCGAUGCCUAUGUA